GGCUUCAUCAUGUCCGCGGCUGCCAGACCCGUUAUCAACGUCUACUCCAAGACCGGCAAGGAUGCUUCGGCUACCCUCCCCCUCCCCGCUGUCUUCAAGGCCCCUAUCCGUCCCGACAUUGUCAACUUUGUCCACACCAACAUGGCCAAGAACAAGCGUCAGCCCUACGCUGUCUCUGAGAAGGCUGGUCACCAGACUUCCGCCGAGUCCUGGGGUACUGGUCGUGCUGUUGCCCGUAUUCCCCGUGUCAACGGUUCUGGUACUCACCGUGCUGGUCAGGCUGCUUUCGGUAACAUGUGCCGUGGUGGUCGUAUGUUCGCCCCUACCAAGACCUGGCGCAAGUGGCACAUCAAGACCAACUUGAACCAGAAGCGUUUCGCCACUGCCUCCGCUUUGGCUGCUUCUGCUCUUCCUUCGUUGGUCAUGGCCCGUGGUCACCGUGUCGAGAAGAUCGAGGAAGUUCCCCUCGUCCUCGCCGAUGAUGUCGAGACCCUCACCAAGACCAAGGAUGCUGUCGCUCUCUUGAAGGCCGUCAACGCCUACGCUGAUGUCGUCAAGGUCUCCAACUCCCGCAAGCUCCGUGCUGGUGUCGGAAAGCUCCGUAACCGUCGUCACCGUCAGCGUCGUGGUCCCCUUGUCAUCUACAACGAGGACAACGGUAUCGUCAAGGCUUUCCGCAACUUGCCCGGUGUUGAGGUUGUCAACGUCCGUCGCUUGAACUUGUUGCAGUUGGCCCCUGGUGGUCACCUCGGUCGUUUCGUCAUCUGGACCAAGAGCGCCUUCGGUCUUUUGGAUGCUCUCUACGGUACCUACGAGACCCCCGCCACCUUGAAGAAGGACUACGUUCUUCCUGCUCACAUCAUGACCAACCCCGAUGUUGCCCGUCUCAUCAACUCUGAUGAAAUCCAGUCUGUUGUCCGCCCCGCCGGUAACAAGCACGAGAAGCGUCCCUUCACCCAGAAGAAGAACCCUCUCCGCAACCAGGGUGUCAUGAACCGCCUCAACCCCUACGCUCAGGUCCUCCGUCGUGCCGAGAUCGUCGCUGACUUGAAGCGCAAGUCUGGUAAGGUCUCCAAGGCCCAGCCUGCCAAGAAGUCCAAGCGCACCAAGCACGUUGCCACCAAGUUCCUCGAGACUCUCCACUCUGCUUAAUUCAACUGUAAUUCAUUCAAUUAGAUUAAGGGACAUUAAAUAAAUACAUAAUAAAAAGAAUAUAUUAAAAUAUUUAUUAAAUAUUUAUAUAUCUAUAUAUAAAAUGAUUUAUUUUAUUUUAUUUUUUAAUUCACCC